AGGAAGCGGCAACAACACAAGUUGCUAAGUGCUAGCUUACCUAGCUGUCGGGGAGCUAGUUGUAGUUUGAAAAACCCCACAAAAUAUGACGCCUUAAAUGUAAGACGAAGAAGGACACGCAAAGCUGCAGACUCUGAUAACGUGAUUGAUAUAGAUGCUGAGGGUAUCCCACCAGGAUGUAUGCUGUGUACAGACAAGCCCACACGCCCACUGCGGUGGAGUUUUCUGUCUACUGCAACUUCAUAUCCAGCAAGGAGAAGAACUUGGUUGUCGCUGGGACGUCUCAGCUGUACGUCUACAGAAUUAUCCACGAUGUGGAGAGUACGUCAAAGGUUGACAAGUCUUCAGAUACCAAAUCCCGUAAGGAGAAGCUGGAGCAAGUGGCAUCCUUUUCUCUUUUUGGCAAUGUUAUGUCCAUGGCCAGUGUACAGCUUGUGGGAGCCAGCAGAGAUGCACUCCUUCUCAGUUUCAAAGACGCCAAGUUAUCUGUAGUGGAGUACGACCCGGGGACACACGACCUGAAGACGCUGUCUCUUCAUUUCUUUGAGGAGCCAGAGCUUAGAGAUGGUUUUGUGCAGAAUGUACAUAUUCCCAUUGUGCGUGUUGAUCCAGAGAAUCGCUGCGCUGUAAUGCUCGUUUAUGGCACCCAGCUUGUGGUGUUGCCGUUCAGGAAGGAUACUCUCACUGAUGAACAGGAGGGUGGAGUCGGAGAAGGGCCUAAAUCCAGCUUCCUGCCCAGCUACAUCAUUGAUGUCCGUGAGCUGGACGAGAAGCUGCUGAACAUAAUAGACAUGAAGUUCCUCCAUGGCUACUACGAGCCAACGUUGCUCAUCCUGUUUGAGCCCAACCAGACGUGGCCGGGGCGUGUGGCUGUGCGUCAGGACACUUGCAGUAUAGUUGCCAUCUCCCUCAACAUAAUGCAGAAGGUUCAUCCUGUCAUCUGGUCGCUCAGUAAUCUGCCUUUUGACUGUACGCAAGUCAUGCCUGUCCCAAAGCCGAUCGGUGGCGUUGUGGUAUUUGCUGUGAAUUCAUUGCUGUAUCUCAACCAGAGUGUUCCACCAUACGGAGUUUCUCUUAAUUCUCAGACAACUGGGACCACAGCGUUCCCUCUACGUAUACAGGAUGAAGUGAAGAUCACACUGGAUUGUUCCCAGUCUGACUUCAUCGCCUAUGACAAAAUGGUCAUCUCUUUGAAAGGAGGAGAAAUUUAUGUGUUGACCCUCAUUACUGACGGCAUGAGGAGUGUCCGGGCGUUCCACUUUGACAAAGCUGCUGCCAGCGUCCUGACAACUUGUAUGGUGACCAUGGAACCCGGUUAUCUUUUCCUGGGUUCCCGCCUCGGAAAUUCGCUGCUCUUGAAGUACACCGAGAAGCUUCAGGAGACGCCGUCAGAGGAGGGAAAAGAAACGCUGGACAAAGAAAAAGAUAAAGAGAAACCGGAGGAACCACCAAGCAAAAAGAAACGCAUGGAAUCUUCCACCAACUGGACAGAUGAGGUGGACGAGAUAGAAGUGUAUGGAAGUGAGGCCCAAUCAGGCACUCAGCUGGCCACCUACUCCUUUGAGGUGUGUGACAGCAUACUCAACAUAGGACCUUGUGCAAAUGCCUCCAUGGGCGAGCCCGCCUUCUUGUCUGAAGAGUUCCAGGGUAACCCCGAACCUGACCUGGAGGUUGUGGUGUGUUCUGGCAAUGGCAAGAAUGGUGCUCUGUCUGUACUCCAGAGAAGCAUCCGGCCCCAAGUAGUCACUACAUUUGAGUUGCCAGGUUGCCACGACAUGUGGACAGUCAUCUCAAAUGAAGUAAAGGAAGACAAAAAACCUGUGAAAGGCAGUGAUUCAGAAGAUGGGACAGAAACCGAGACGGGUGAGGAUGGUGAAGAGCGAGAGAAGGAGAAAGAAGAGAAAGAGGAGGAGGGGGAGAAGACGGAGGCGCCCCUGGAGGACGAUACAAAGAAGCACGGCUUUCUCAUUCUGAGCAGAGAGGAUUCAACUAUGAUCCUUCAGACGGGUCAGGAGAUCAUGGAGUUGGACACUAGUGGUUUUGCUACUCAGGGACCAACAGUGUUUGCUGGAAACAUCGGCAACAACAAGUACAUCAUCCAAGUUUCUCCCAUGGGUAUUCGACUUCUGGAAGGAGUGACACAGCUUCACUUCAUCCCUGUGGACCUGGGCUCUCCCAUAGUGCACUGCUCUGUGGCGGACCCUUAUGUGGUCAUCAUGACUGCAGACGGAGUGGUCACCAUGUUUGUGCUAAAGACUGACUCCUACAUGGGGAAGACACAUCGGCUGGCCCUGCAGAAGCCGCAGAUCCCCACUCAAUCUCGUGUGAUAGCAUUGUGCGCGUACCGCGAUGUAAGCGGCAUGUUCACCACAGAAAACAAAGUGAGCUGCUCCGUCAAAGAUGACACAAUCAUCACAGGUCAGUCUGAAGAAGAGACCAUCAUUCACGACCUCAGCAAUGCCGUAGAUGACGAGGAGGAAAUGCUGUAUGGAGACUCUAAUGCGAGUGCAGCACUUGCGAGGGAGGAAUCAAACAACAACUCCGGGGGGCCGGGUCAUUUUGGAAGUGAUGGAAACUCGGGCAAAGCCGAACCCACCCAUUGGUGCAUGAUCACCAGGGAGAGUGGUGUUAUGGAGAUUUACCAGCUCCCAGACUGGCGGUUAGUUUUCCUGGUGAAGAACUUCCCGGUUGGUCAAAGAGUGCUCGUUGACAGUUCAGCCGGCCAAUCAGCAACACAGGGGGAGGGUAAAAAAGAGGAAGUAACACGACAAGGAGAUUUGCCACUGGUUAGAGAGGUGGCUUUGGUUUCACUUGGAAACAACCAAAGCAGACCUUAUUUAUUGGUCCACGUUGAAAACGAGCUUCUAAUAUACGAGGCUUUCCCGUACGAUCAGCAGCAACAGACGAACCUGAAAGUGCGCUUCAAAAAAGUGCCUCACAACAUCAACUACAGAGAAAAGAAAUCAAAGCUUAAGAGGGAUAAGAAGACAGACAGCGGGGCUCCUGAGGACAGUUCAGCUGUGAAAAGUCGGAUUGCCAGGUUCAGAUACUUUGAGGACAUCUCUGGAUACUCAGGGGUGUUUAUCUGUGGGCCGUCUCCUCACUGGAUGCUGGUCACCUCUCGCGGAGCCCUGAGGCUUCACCCCAUGAUUAUCGAUGGUGCAAUUGAGUCUUUCUCACCUUUCCAUAACAUCAACUGCCCCAAAGGUUUCCUCUACUUUAACAAACAGGGUGAGCUGAGGAUCAGCGUCCUGCCUACCUAUCUCUCCUACGACGCCCCUUGGCCAGUCCGGAAAAUCCCACUGAGGUGCACCGUCCACUACGUCUCCUACCAUGUCGAAUCCAAGGUGUAUGCUGUGUGUACAAGUAUAAAAGAGCCCUGCACACGCAUCCCCAGGAUGACUGGAGAGGAGAAAGAGUUUGAAACCAUAGACCGAGAUGAGCGUUACAUUAAUCCUCAGCAAGAGAAGUUCUCCAUCCAACUCAUAUCUCCAGUUAGCUGGGAGGCCAUCCCCAACGCAAGGAUCGACCUGGAGGAGUGGGAACAUGUAACCUGUAUGAAGACAGUGGCACUGAGGAGUCAGGAGACAGUUUCAGGACUGAAAGGAUACGUGGCAGCAGGGACCUGCCUGAUGCAGGGGGAAGAGGUCACCUGUCGAGGCAGAAUUUUGAUCCUGGAUGUAAUUGAAGUGGUGCCAGAGCCAGGGCAGCCCCUCACCAAAAACAAGUUCAAAGUGCUGUAUGAGAAGGAACAGAAGGGGCCGGUGACAGCCAUGUGUCACUGCAACGGAUACCUGGUGUCAGCCAUCGGACAGAAGAUCUUCCUGUGGGUCUUGAAGGACAACGACCUGACGGGCAUGGCCUUCAUCGACACUCAGCUCUACAUCCACCAGAUGUUCAGCAUCAAGAACUUCAUCCUCGCUGCCGAUCUUAUGAAGAGCAUCUCACUGCUCCGCUACCAGGAGGAGAGCAAGACACUUUCGCUCGUCAGCAGGGAUGCAAAGCCCCUGGAGGUUUACAGCAUUGACUUCGUGGUGGAUAACAACCAGCUUGGGUUCUUAGUGUCGGAUCGAGACAAGAACCUCUAUGUGUAUAUGUAUCUUCCUGAAGCUAAAGAGAGCUUUGGAGGAAUGCGCCUGCUGAGGCGAGCAGACUUCAACGCUGGAGCAAACAUUAACACUUUCUGGAGGAUGCCGUGCAGAGGAGCGCUGGAUACAGGCAGCAAAAAGUCUCUGACCUGGGACAACAAGCACAUCACAUGGUUCGCAACUCUAGAUGGAGGAGUUGGCUUACUCCUUCCCAUGCAGGAGAAGACUUACCGUCGUCUGCUCAUGUUGCAAAAUGCUCUGAACACGAUGCUGCCUCAUCAUGCUGGUCUGAACCCAAAGGCCUUCAGGAUGCUGCAAAGCAACAGACGGGGCUUGCAGAACGCUGUGAGAAACAUCCUGGAUGGAGAACUCCUCAAUAAGUACUUAUACCUCAGUACAAUGGAGCGGAGUGAGCUGGCAAAGAAGAUUGGUACCACUCAGGACAUAAUCCUGGAUGACCUUUUGGAGAUCGACAGAGUCACAGCUCAUUUCUGAGAUCCACAUUCCCACAGUCUCGUUCACUGAAGCCGUUUUAUACUGAAUGGAGAGAAAGAAAUUGUCGACUUUUUGCAAACUUCAUGAUUUUUCUUAGUUAAAAAAAAAAAAAGAGAGCAGCCAUGUUUUCUUAGGAUAUUUUGUAUAAAAACAAAAAAUCAGUAAAAGUAAUUUACCCAAA